UUUACUCUUUUCGCCAUAAGAACGACUUAUCUAUUUAAUCUAGCUAUUUAAUUCAUAUUUCUGAACUCUUCGUCUUCAUCUCCACCUCUUUCUUAACCUUAAUCAUCCCCUGAAUCUUUGAUCGUGCUCGAACUUUAGGAAAUAAAUACCUCUACCUAACCCCCUUUCACCUCCUCAAACUCUUCACGUAGAAAAACAAAAAUGCGAAGCCCAUCCCUCCUCAUCCUCCUCCCCGGCCUCGCCGCCGCAGCACCCACGCCAGCCGAACAAAAACAACUAACGACGCGCGACGCGCCCUCGCCGCCCCCUCGCAUCGUCUCGGUGUCCUACUCAGGCAGCGGGUGCCCGUCGGCGUCGCCGGCCGUGGACCGCACCGGCGGCUUCGACGACAUCGCGCUACGGCUCAACUCGUUCGAGGCGCGCACCAGCACCACGUCCGCCGUCGAGGAGUCUGCCGUUAACUGCCAGGCGCACUUGUCCAUCGCCGGAGCUGCGGAAGGCUGGCAGGUCGGUGUUAAAGAUGUGUUUGUCCGGGGCCACCUGGUCCUCGAUCCGGGAGCUGGGUUGGAUUACUAUGUUACGAGCUUUUGGAGCGAGGACGCGGGGAGGACGACCACGAUCAAGGGCACGGUCGCCAACACCGGCGCCGCGCAGCUGAACCAGGACGUCGAGGCGCGGAGCACCGUGCCCGACGGCCAGGUCGUGUACUCGCCGUGCACGGGUACCCAGGGCGACGUCGGCUUGCUGAACGUCAACUUCCGCGUCGCGCUCCAAGCUGCCGGGGCUCAGUACGGGUACUUUGGCAAGGACCCCGAUACUACUGCUUCCGAGAGCUGGAGUUACGUGUGGCGGCGGUGCUAAUAGGUUUCUCUUUUUGCAUUGCAUAUCAUUUUCCGUGUAUGGGUAGCGUAGGUUUGGUCGGAUAUGAUGGGAUUGGAUAGGGCUGGGUGGAGGGCGAGGACGAGGAUACCUUUGUUACAUGGCGACUGUUUGGCUGAAAACUUGAACUUGGAAUUCAUAUGGUUUAGGGAUUAUAAAAGCCUAAUAGAAUAUGCAACUAUUUCUCCGAAU